UAUCUCGUGCAAUUUCCAUAUGUUGUGUCAAAAGGCGAACAAUCGAGAUUGUCUCGGCAUGUGUAUUGUUGGUUGCAUCUUACUGGCGCAGGCCUCAAAAAAAUUACGUGGAACAACCUGGGUUUUUAUUAAAUUUUUGAUGGUGUUUUAUUUUCUUAUUAACAAAUCAUUACUUCUUAUUAGUUUUCAAGGCCAAUAUAUUGAUUCUCUUUGCUACUUUUGGCCCCAUUUGUGGUAUGAACUCAAUAAUUUGUAGUAUAAAACACACACAUUUUACCAUGGCAUUAUAUCUAUUAACAUUGUAUUCAUCUUCCCAUAAAUAAACUAUUAUUUUUAUCAUCUGUAUUAUAUAUUAAUUUAUUUAUUAGUAAAGAGAUAAAAAAAUUGAGGUUAAGUGUGUCGAUAUGGGUUCAGAAAACGUAGAGUUGUGUCAACUAGUGCUUGAAAAACUGGCAUUUGGCGAGAAUUUAAUCAAAACUAUAGAUAAACACCGAGAUCUGGACGGUGUACAAAAACUAAAACGCAAAAUUCGGCAAGAGUUGAAUUUUUUGUCGCAGGUGCUUAAAACCGGCAAAAUAAAAAAGGAGCACGUGCAAUGUUCAAAUUUGACCCAUUUUUCCGCCGUUAUCGAGACACUAAACCAGGUGGAAAAGUGUCUCAGUGUAAACAAAACUGUAAUGUUGGACGACCGAAAGAUCACAAUUGACCUAAUCUGUGACGAUGGUCUGACUUGGAUGAAAGUAAUUGCACGUAAUGCAAAGUCUUUGAGCCAAAUUUGUAUGGGAAAUGCCAGUUUUGGGGUCAGGAGUGUCUUAGACCAAGCUCAGGAUUAUUUAGACUGUGCUAAAGUCAACCCUUGCCUAUUUCAAAUACCUAGAGUUGUGUUUGUUUUUGUAAAUGGUGUUGAACGUGAUUUGGCGACAAAAAUCGAAAAUUUGGGAAUCAUUGUCAACAAUUUAAAAUUAUCAAACAUUUCACUCAUUAACAAAGUCAAUCUGGAUGUGUCGGCAAUGCUGGCUUAUGUGAGCUCGGUUUGUAACGGGAGCGCCAAUUUAUACGACUUUUCCGUUCACGUUUUGGCACAACAAGCCGAAUGGGAACGUCAAAGGCCCCAAAAGCCAAUCCUUGACGAUUUUUUCGCCGGGAAAAAACUCUACUGUUGCGAAACGGCAAGAGACAGUUUUAUCAGUAUUGUGAACACAGUUGGAGGCCCCAAUGAGCGGAAACGAGCCGAUGAUUUGUUACAAAAAAUCACAGUGCUCCCGGAUCUUGCGACAGCCGAUAAUAACGUACAAUUAAUUCCGGAGAAACGAUUAACAGUUGGCGGGAAAAUUAAGGAGAGGUCGUUGACGAUUUUCACGUUUGGGGACCGCAUUGGGGCUGUUACUGUCACUUCAAAUGAUGGGUUUGUACGAGCGGCGAAGCAGCAAUAUCUUUGUUUUAUUUUUAGGGAAUCAAUUUUGUGGUUUUUAUUCACGAAUCACGAGCCUUAACUGAGCAAAAAGAACUAACGAGAGCGAUCGGAAAACGAAGCUAAUAUAUAUAAUAUAAUAUAAUAAUAUAUAACACUAAAAUAAACAACAGCGGUUGUAUGGUAUACAAGUCCUUAAAGAAACUGGUUACAAAAAAUUAAGAAUGGAACUGUAGCUGAAUUAUUGCAAAAUAACAAGACAACAAGAAGAAAAAACAAGUCUAAUUUUAUGCUUCCUUAGUUGUUGAAAAAUGGUGUUUAAAUUUUUAUGAUUAUGGUUAGAGUGUAAGCAAAGAUGUAUGUGUAAGUAUGCAACCCAAAAUUCACAUGAAGUGACAGCCAGAGAACAGACGUAGCGCUAUCUACUAGCUGAAAAACGUGCUCAAAAAAGAAAAAAAUACAUGCAGGCGCGAAAGUUUGAAUUUUAAGAUAAUUCUUUAAAUAUCUCGGAAACUAAGCGUUGGGCGUAAUUUUGUCCUAUGGGAGAAAAGAUACAUCUUGCUGUAAUCUAAACGAAGGUUUAGUUAAAAUUGUAAUUUUCACUAGUCAUUUUGCUAUCUCUUUACGGAGGCAUAAAAGACCUACCUAUUUGUGUGUUUUUGCAAUGUCCAGCUUAGGCGGUGAAGUUUGAGGGGUAAAAAUUAAGAUAGGCAUUUCCUAUAGUGAAAAAUUUUAUUCAACAAAAAAAUUCAUAUCUCGAAAACUAAAAGUCGUAGAGCAAUGAGAGAAUUCAGCGGCUCAUUUUCUGUAUUAUACUAACUUUUCACGAGAUUUAAAAUUUUCAAUUUUUCUGCUCAAAUUUCCUGAGUUGAUUACUCAGACGUUACAUUUGGAGGGAAAUCAGUUAAGGGAUGAUUUGGUGGAGAAGAGAAAGUUUUUGCCCAAUUUGAACAAUUUGUUCCUGAGGGAUAAUCCGAUCGGGGCGGCUGAAUAAUUAAUCAAGUAGUGAAAUAAAAAUAAACUGAAAACAAAACUAGUUUUUUUUUCUCAAACCUAAAAAAUGGUUUAAUUUAAAACUAGUCGUUCAAGUGUUGAGUCAGAGAUAAGCAUAUUUAUUACGUGGUUUAAAAUAUUGAAUAAUUGCAAAUAAUUACUUAAUAUUCAUAAAUUAAAGUUAGUUGUAGCGUAUUUUAAUUAUGUUUUAUUAGCUUUAAACUUGUCCAAAAUAGCUUAAAAGGUGACAAAUACGUUUGACUACAAAUUGACGAAUUAAUUUUCACACAACUGGUAAGUUUUAUCUAAAUAUACAAUAACCGACCCUCGUAUAUAAUUUUGAACCACCCUCGUAUACAAUGAUUUCGUGUUGGCGUGCUUAAUUUCCACUAAAUACGUCACGAAAGUCACCAUAUUAUUGAUUUUCUCGAACCCCAAAUACGGGGGCAGUUUUAAAAAUGCUAGAAAUAUUAACUUUGUGGUGAAAAAGUGGCUUGCAGGACAAUUUUUCGAGUCUCAACACCCAGUGUGGCCACGCGUUAAAGGGCUGUUUGAAAUAAAUAUAAUUUUCGAUUUUUAAAAUGCAUUUAAUUUAAUGGCGGGCACAAUAAUUUUUGGGGCGCCCUCAUAUAAUGUGUUUUCAAAGUUGGCAGACUUUGUUUCCACUAAAACGUCACAAACGUCACCGGAUCGAUUUUCUGCUACGGGGGCGUUCUAAAAGUUAUUAAAAUUCUGGCUUUUGGAAAUUUUUAUCACAUGUUUUGAAGCAAGGGUCGUACUGUUGCUCGCCCAACACGAAUAAACAGUCGUCAAAUGUGCUAACCAUUGCAAUUUCCGCUUGGAGUUAUGAAUUUUGAGAGCUCAAAAGCUGGUGUCUGUGUUGGAUUGCUUUACGGACUGGUUGCGGCCGGCCUGCGGGAUCCGGAGGACUUCAAAGACAUUCUUCGUCUGGAUCUUCAAAAAUUAUUUUUUUUUAACUGGCAAUAAUUAUUAUUGAACAUUGUUAUAUAUUUGUGUGAUUGAUUAUGUUUUAUGAAUAAACGCUAGAGAAAUGUGUCUU